AUGGCGCAUUGGAAUCGAUGCUGUCUAGCGACAGGUCUGGUCCUGGCGCUUAAGGUCGACGAUAAGCAGAAUGAGAAGUCCAGCGCGGUAAUCGUAGAGGACACGGUGACUUCAGGCCAAACGUUACCCGUCGUGAAACACCUACAAGAACAGUUGACGCUCGACAACCGUCGCACCGACCCAGUCCUCUUGAAACUUGUUCUCCCACACACUUCUGAAGUCGUGGUUAAGUCUGACUUCUGCCGCAGCGAGGCCAGCGAAAGUGACCAUCGGUAA